AUGGCGGCGCAGGCCUCUCGCCCUGCUUCUGGCCAGAAUGUCGACCCUCGACCCGCGAUUCUGCCUCCGCGGAAUACCCCUCUGUCAGGAGGACUCGACGGGGUCAAUUCCUCGUUGAUCGGAGCCGGCCCGCUCGAGAUGGUCGAGCUGUCAUCGAAGUCAAUUAUCGAAGGCAUUCUAGGCCCAAACAAAGAUGGACGGGUAAGGAAUCCUGUUCCCAGUAAACUGAAAGGAAAGACGGACACCAAGAAGGGCAAUUUUGGCGUCAUGCAUAUGGCUGGGGUCAAAAACCACGAGGUUCUGGGCAAAGAUGCCGCUGCAGAGCGAGACGCUGCGGCCAGAAGGACCAGCGAGAAUACCGCAUCAAGGGCUAAGGCAGCGCAACAGGAGAAAUAUAUACCACCGAAGAAACGAGGACUCGAGGCGACCUUGAAUGAAGCUUCCCGAAACACGAAUCGCGGUUCCCCUUUUGCCAGAGAUGACAAGCGGCAGGCGAGGCCGCUGGCCCCAGACGAGACGAAAUCCGAGCAAGCUCGAUUAUUGACGUUACUACGAAGUAUCAAUCCUGUUACAGUGGUCGACCAGAUAUGUAAAGCGGUGGCAUACUUUGGUGGAAUACCAGGAGCGCCUCCUCCAGAAGAUGGCAUUUUCCCUGAGAGCGCCAAUACGAGAGAGACUGGCGCAUUGUUCAUAGGAUGGCUAGCAGAGAUAUUUCCUAAUGUGACGGCUCCUAGUCCAGAGAUCAUGAAAGCACCAGAAAUGGGAAAGAAGAAGAGUCGGCCCUCAAUAGGGCACCAAGUCUCCUCGUCUAAUGCAGCAGCGCCAACACCUGAUGAGGAACCAAACUCGAGAAACGGGUAUGGAUACGGCCCGGCUAUCUCUGCGCCAGCCUGGGGGCUCCCAACAAACUUAGCGGAAGCAAAUCCUCAAGCUCCGAAUGUGCCUGAUCGGCCGAUGCAGACAGAGACCAAUAACGGUGGACCAGAGAAGCAGCCAGAUCAGCAAUUUGCUCCCAAUACACCUGUCCAACCGGGGGCGACGGAGGCACAGAAUAACGCGGCGUCUGCGAGUAAUAAACGAAGAGGGAGGGGACGGCCAAAAGGAUCUACGAAUAAGAAAAUGAAAGGCGAUGCUCAAGGUGACUACAACGGUGUGGCUACUGGAGAUACAAAUGGCGGGAACGCCUCGACAGAGGGCCAGGCGAAUCAGGCGCAAGAAAUGGCAGGUGCGGCAUUGCACGCGUCUGGUCAAGAUCAGAAUCAAAGCGGAUUUCAUCCAGCAAUAAAUAACCAGGCCGCUCCCAAGAGUGCACAGCUUCAACAAUUCCCAGACCAGUCAUGGCAAAAUCAUCCCCAGAAGAAUAACAUGCAAUCAGCAAAUAUGGUACCCGACGAGUUGAGUCCCGAAGAACGUGCAGUGCUCGAAGCAUUCAGAGUUCAUGGAACUGAAGGUAUGAAUGCUGUAAAUCCUGUAGGUGCUUUACCCUCGCCAGUUGUGUCCACGAAAGGUCCAGCAGAAGGUGGCGUGAAACGGAAGAGGGUUCCUGCAAAACCAAAGGUCACUCCAAUUCCACCACCAAAGCCUAUCACUGGUUCAAUGAGUUAUGCAACACAAGCUAGCCCUCAGGUCCAACAACAGCAAUUGCAAACUCAACCGCAGCAAGCUCCUCAGCAAUUGAAGCAGAUACCACAGCAGACUCAGCAAGUUCAAUCGAUGCAACAAGUGCAGCAGAGCCCUCUACAGACGGCGGAGAAUGGUGCAUUAUCAAAUGCUAAUAACGAGCUUGUGAUGAACAUUGCUAAAGACUCUAUGCAAUGGGCAUCCUCGGUAGAUAAUACUCCUAAACAAGCUUCUGCUGCUACAGCUCCUCCACCACCCAAAAGACAACGGCAACGUAAGCCUAAAGCACCAGCUGCUCCUGCUGUUGAGCCUCCGUCUCGGACUCAAACUGCUUCUGUUGUGAGCGUCCCAACGCCGAAAAUACCCCCGAGCACGAUACCGGACUCCCAAGGGACAUCUUCACAGCAGAGUAUACAACAAAGUGUACCAGUCACACGUCCUCCAGCGGAAGGUUUAGAGGCACACUACGAGAGGUUUGCAAGUUUGUCCCAACAACAGAAUGGACGAAGCAAUACCCCGACAGUAUCUCAGCCGCAGCAGCAGCAACAGCAACACGUAAGGCAGCACUCUAAGACUACGACCCUCCCACCACAGCAGACCACACCUACAAUACCCCAACAGAUGCAACAGCAAAAAUCCCAAGGGGUACAGCAGAAUACUCAACGUAGUGAUUCGAAAGUAUCCCAGGAUGCAACCACGAGGGCUCCAUCGAACUACUAUGGUCAACGUAGUCAAAGCACAUCUUCAUAUAAUCAGCAAUAUCCUUCCCACCAAACCUCACAGUUGUACAAUACGCAAUCUUCGUCGCCGCAGCUUAGUAACGCCAAUAGUAACAAUUAUAGAACUAACAGCAGUCACACUCUGGCUAACAGCAGCCACACUCUGGCUAAUAGCUCCCACACUCUGGCUAAUAGCUCUCAUACUCUGGCGCAGAACACAAUGUCUCAAAAUAGUAUGGCAGCACAAGCCUCACCUCAAUUCUCCGCUGCAGAGACAUAUAGAACUGCCAGCCCACAUAUUGCUCAGCCUUCACCCUCCUUUGCUCAGACAGAGUCGAAUUAUCGAACCACGAAUGCGCACAAUUUGGCACAACCUUCGCCUGCCUUUACGCAGGCUGAAAAUCCGUACAGGACUCCAGCUACACAUUCAAUGGCACAGGGCACUUCCUCCUAUUCAACCGCUAGAUCACACGCUCAAGCUCCAUCGACACAUUACAAUCAAUUCUCUGAUUCUUCUUACAUGGAUCUGCCAACUCUUGAAUCGCUUGGUCAUAGUGGAAGCGGAACCACCGCUUCCUUGGGAGGCUAUGGACAAGGAAUGAGUGUGGGCAUGGGUGGUGGCAACAAUACGACUAACAACCAAUCUCGAUCGACCGGUAGUACAUCUGGACUUUACAGCACGGCGAAUAGCACAGGUCUCAGUGGCUACGAUACCAGCGCAGCAGAUCUCUUAAGAGUAUCUCGAGGGACUGGGGGUUCAGGCCACAACACACAUUCUGCAUAUGGACGAUCGGGUGGUAGUCUCGGAAACGCAUUUGAUACCGAGCACGAGAUGAGGGAGCAGUUACUUCGGGGCAUGGGUCGACGAUGA